AUGUCUGGCGAAGCAGAACCCCGACGCUCGGUGCGCGCGACCAAGGGCCAGCACACCAAGUCAUUCGACGAACUUGAGCUUGCGACUAUGCCCAAGAAGCGACAGACUAAGAAAACGAAAAAGGCCAAAGAGCAAGAGCAGGAACAAGAACAGGAGCAAGAGCAACAGCAAGAUCAGGAAGAAGAGGAGGAGGAUGAGUUGAUACGUUGUGUUUGCGGCGCCACAGAGCAAGACGAGGAUUCCGGUGAAGCUUGGAUCGCUUGCGAGACUUGCGGUGCAUGGCAACACAACGUCUGUGUGGGGGUAAGCUCAUUCGAUGAUGAGAUCCCGGAGCAUUACUGGUGCGAACAAUGUCGCCCGGACGAUCACAAGGAACUCCUCGAUGGUAUGGCCAAGGGUGAGAAGCCCUGGGAAGCCCGGCGCAAAGCGCAUGAAGAGGAGGCCAAGAAGAAGAAGCGUGGUGGACGCAAAGGUAAGGGCAAGCGCCAUAGCGAGACCAAGGAAGAAGACAAGAACAAGGCCAAGUCAUCACCUGCCCCUGAUGCCAACAAGGAGAAGAAGGACACAAAGACUGGCAAGCGAAAAGCUCGAGAAGAUUCGCAUGAGACUGAUGGCAAGUCGACAAAGAUUCGCCGUGUGUCAGAGAACGGAGCUGCGUUUGUUCCCGUCUCUUAUAUACCGCCGGAUGAUCUACCUAAGUCGAUAGGAGACCUAGCCAGUUCUCGUACUGGACCAGCCAAAGCGUUGAGCAAAUCUAUCAUUCACGUUUUAAUGUCGAUGCAGAAGCAGGGCGAACUCCAACUUGAGGAAGGCGAUACAGUCGACUCUAUGUCUGAGACUUUCGCUCUCCAGAUCGAGCGUGGUGUAUAUGACACGCACCCUGCCACCAAGGGACAGAAGGAGUAUAACCAGCAGAUCAAGUCAUUGAGCUUCAAUCUAAAGAAUAACCCGGAGCUGUGCCAGGGACUUGUCUACAAGACUCUGUCACCUGCAACCCUGGCCGUUAUGACAUCGGAGCAGCUCGCGUCGUCUGAGAUGCAGAAGCAGACUGCAGAGAUGAAGGCAAAGGCAGAGAAGCAAUCCAUCCUCUACACCUCUGAGACGGGACCUCGUGUACGACGAACACACAAGGGUGAAGAGGUUGUUGACGACGAGACCUUCAUCAAUGAUUCUGCCGUGCCUCUCCCGCCAGGACCUCCCCGUCGCUCAGACCCUCAGGCCGUUAAGAAGGAACCUGUAGGAGGCGACACAGCAGACCUUGCAUCGCACCCACAGCAGGUCGACGACAAGCAGCGAUCACCGAGUCAUCCCGACUUCGAUAUCACCAAAGUUUUCUCCAGCGUCAAAUCCCCUACCGUAUCGCAUAACCGCCGGCCUUCCGCUAUAGUCACCGGAGCGAAUGGCCCUGGCGUGGAUGCUGACGUUGACCGCAUGCUUGAAGAGGAGAAUGAUUCGCCUCCCUAUUCACCCACAGAGGAACCCCAGGACCCAGAUGUGAUUUGGUCUGGAUCUCUGGCUAUGAGUUCAAUCGCAGACUUCUCUGCCACGGCCAAGUACAUUGGUGGUGCCAACUUUGCUUCGAUAGGGCCAUGGUCAAAGCUCAUUCCCAAACGGCUGACUGUCGCUGGACGAAUCACUGAACAAAGUGCCAUAGAAUAUCUCUGCGGACUCCGUUACAGCAAGACUACUGAUAUCAUUGUUGUCUCCCUCACACCUGUCUCUCCAGCUUCCCAUACAGAGUUCCAUGCCCUCCUCAACUAUUUCAUCAGUAAGAAGCGUUAUGGUGUUAUUGGAGAUAAGGCGAUUGGUAACGUCCGAGACACAUACCUUGUGCCAGUUCCUCCAGGGGAGGAUAACUAUCCUGAGUUCAUGCUCAACCUGGUUGAUAAUAAGAUCCCGAAGAUUCGCACAGAGCCUAUGCUACUAGCAGUGUUUGUUUAUCACAAUGAUCCUGAGCAGCUUAAGCAAUUGAAGGAUGUAGCCACCAGCCAACAGGAUGUCCACGCACUGGGAUCACCAGUUCCUACAUCUCAGGCACAGAGGAGCAACUCAAUAGCGUCAACUGGACCAGCAUUUUCGCCUGCAACACCACAAGCCCCCCAAGGAGGAUUUUCACAACAAUCAUCCCCGGCUCAGUGGCAAUCUACAACGCCAGUUCCCAUUCCUCAACCACCUUAUUCUCGGCCACCACCGCCGCCGCCUCCAGCCGCAGCACCCCAAAUGUCCGAUGCACACAAGCAUCAAGCUCAACAAGCAGGCGUGGCCGUAGCUCAGGAACUUCUCGGCCCUUGGAUUACUGCGCCAACUGUGCAAUUCAUCUUACCCCAAGCAUACCAGAUGGCCCGCAGAGAGUGGGAGGUUGUUCGAAGAAUUCUGGAACGCGAUGCCAAAGCACGCGAUGAUCUUCAACAUCUUGGCCAGCUGCUGGAGAAGGAAACCAUUGCGGACAAGACAGGCGCCGUUGCGUCAUAA